GAUAACGGCGACGGAAAAACUACGCAGAAUAUUAUCCAUCAUUGUUAUAAGUGUUGAAAUUAAGCAUAAUAUUAUUUUAAUGUGUUAAAUAAACUAUUAUAUUUUAUUGUGUUCUUCCGGAAAGUGAUGAAACUGAAGUCGGAAAUGUUUGACGUUUCUGGCGAUCGGUAGAUAAUUUGCUAUCCUUAAAAACAUCUGUUCGUCGAUUGCCAUUAUGUCGGACUCCGAGUCUCGGCACUCGAAUACAAUAUCAGACUCUGACGAGUACAAUGAUGACUCGGAACACUCGGAACGACGUGUGCGACGUGCUGAUGCAAUUGAAUUGGACCGAGCGAUUGAGGAAUACGUGAACCACAGUCACGUGUCGCAGUACGACCAGAGUUUAACUCCAGCCCAUAAAUAUUUGGGAAACCAACUUCGUGAAACCAGCGGUCGUGCGGUGUACGAAGAAGGUGUUGUACACGUGUUGCCGGUUAUAUUUCUGGGCAUAAAUGUCGUGCCUGGACAGAUAUUGCCCAUGAUAGCGCGUUCAACAGCUAUGUCGAAAAUAUUGAAGUACGCCAUUGCCAGGAACCGAGCGUUUGGAGUUUCUUAUAAGCUCAACAAAAACAAACGUACCUACGGCACAAUUGUUGAAGUGUUUGAACACACGGACGGUAUAGAAAAUUUACCGAGAUUUCACGCUAAAGCAAUGGGUCAUCAGCGUUAUGAAAUCUUAAGCGUCAAACCAUUUCCUGAAAGUCUUGAAGAGACCAUCGUGUUGGCGCAAAUCAGAGUUUUGAAAGACUCUACUUUACUCGACCCGUAUAGUACGUUGUGCUUGCAUCCUAGGAGACGCACGUCGAAACAUGACGAAGUGUGCCGUAAGAAAGAUAUGGGCCAAACCCAAUGGCCAGAAUGGGUUUACAAGCAGUUUGACGUUAACCACUUGGCUGAUCGUUUGACUGAUAAAAUCAGAAUGGCAUACAAAGAUGUUAAAAUAUCUGACGAUCCUGAUUUGUUGUCGUUCCAAGCGGUACGACUGGGCGUAUUUAACCAGGAACAAGUGAGCGACUUGUUGGGCAUUAACUCCACCAACAUGAGGCUUCAAUACGAACUCAACUAUUGGAACAAAAACCAAUCGAUGCAAAAGUUUAUGUGUGCCCGGAAGGAAUGCAGCAUACCCGUGUGCAACAUGAGCAGUGUGUUUCCAAUGUCCCCCGAAGGCCCCCAAGGUACGUACUGCAACUCGUGGGGUCAAAUUCACGAUAUGAUCACCGUAACGGAACUCGAUGAAGAUUUGGACGUUACGUCGGUCGGAAGACCGUCGGAAGAAUGCUGUUGGUUCCCGGGUUAUUCUUGGCUUAUUAUUUUGUGUCCAAAUUGUCAAAAUCAUCUGGGUUGGCGUUAUUUGGCCAAUAACAACAAGUUAAUGCCGAGGAUAUUCUACGGAUUAUGCACACGUUCCAUAACGUCGACGAGAAACUAUUUACGAGACGAAAGGCCAGAUUUUUCAGACGACCUCAUCAUUGAUUAUUAAACCCAAAUUGUUUUCGACUAUUAGUGUGUUCAACACUACUUGUAUUAUAAAGUAAAACGUAAAAGCCUGAUACCGUUUUUUUUUAAAUUUUUAUUGUAAUAUCAAAAAGCAGUUGUAAUGUACGACCGUUAUUUGUAUAAAAUUCAUUACAAUAUAAAUAUGUAUGUUCUUAAGUAUAUAAUAGGUAUGUUUUAUAUUAUUAUCAUUAGCAUUUGUUUACAUAUUAUUGUUAAGAUUAUGUAUAGUGGUAAAUUAGUAAAUAAUUUCUAUAAUCUAUAAGGAUUGCAUUUAUUUGGGAUUCGCUGUGUAAAUGAUGCCCAAUAUUAACUUUACGUGUAAAAAUUGUUUUUUAAACAUUUUCAAGUAAAUUAAAAUGUAUUUAAUAACGGUUUAAAAUUGUAUGACUAAUUAAAACUGUGAGCCAUACAGAAUUAAGCAAUAUUGGUCAAGCGUUACAUACAUUUUUUUUUUUAUUAUUCAAAUUUGUUUAUUAAGUAUACUUAAUUUUGUUUUGAAUCAAAAUUAUGUGUUUUAUGUUUGUUCAAAAUAUUGUAAAUAACAAUUUGUAAUUGUUUUUAUUAUUUAUUGUCAAAGUAGUUGUUCUUUUAUGAAAACUCAAAUAAAAUUAAGGCAUAAUAAAUAAAACAAAUACC